GCUGCAAUCCAACUUGUCUCAACUUUGCGUAUUGACAACACGUGUGUGUGUCGGUUGAUUGCUCUGGCUUACAAAUUACCCUUUCAACCCGAUACACACGUUUAUUUCAGUCAAAUCUUGAAGCUAUAACAAAUGGCCAAGAGUCUGCGCAGCAAGUGGAAGCGCAAGAUGCGCGCCAAGAAGCGGGAGCGGUACUCUGUCAAGGAGCUUGCCCGACUGAAAACCAUGUUGGAGGCGGCCACCAAGGGAGACGCAGACAUGUCCGAGGUCUGCGAAAUGGUGGAUGCCAAGAAGGUCGCGGAGCGAGCAUCUCAAGAAACGACAGAGCCUGAAUCGGACGUAGAUGACGGAGCGGCGACGAUGGACGUCGAUGCCCCCAAGAAGCGGAAGUACAGACGUAAGACGAUGACGGACGAACACGGGACCCACCCGGAGUGGAUGAAUCAGAGGGCCAUCCGCAAGUUCAAGGCAAACCGGCAAAACCGUAAAGGCCGGGGUCUGACAAAGAGCGGCAAAAAAAAGAAAACAAAGAGAAUGUAGAACGAGUCCUCCUCCUUGAGGAACGAAGGGUCAUCUGGCACUGUACAGGUGGAUUAAAUUCCGCAACAAAUUAAUGCCACUUAUCUCGUUUUUUUUCAGCACCCCCUUAUUGUGUAGGUUGUCAAAUAUGGUUCCUAGGAACCAGGGGGGAGAAAAAAAUCGAGGUGACUGACUUGAAUCGCGUUUUAAAGCACAAUUUAAAUUGUGACUUAAAUCACUUCCAGCUUGACUGUGACGAUUUAAAUCAAACACUUUCCCCCAAAACAGUCCCAAAAAGAUUUCAGAUUUAUUGUAUUUUUGCAUUUUAUGGUGUCCACAGGCAUUUAUUUUGUACUUAAAGUGAAGAACAGUUAAGCAAAAAGGAUUCAUAUCAGACAGCCAUUUUUUUUUAUUAAGAAAUGGAGGGCGUGGCGAGUUCCUAGCACCUUGUUAUCGCUGUGCAGCUAAUGUUGCUCUGCAAUUGCCCCAUGCUUCUCAAUUUAUCAGCAACUGUAGUGAAAAGAAAUUACUCUUUUUCUAGGUGAAGUGAUUUAAAUUGUGUGAAUCUGAUUCAAAUAAAAUUUACUUAAUUUUUGAAAAAAAAAGAAAAAGGUGAUAAUUUUUAACGCUGUUAGGAAUCCACGGGUUCUCAACAGUGCCCUCCGGGCUGUCCAAGCUUCCGAAUUUCACAGACCUUCGCUGCCUUUACGUAAAGCGUUUUUCCUGUUUCGAGCGGUUUUUCAGCGCAUCUGCACCCCUCACUGUUGCGUAGCUGUGAGCCAAUUGUUCCCUAGUAUUGUGAAUGAUUGUUUAGAGGGCCUGUAGCCUUGUGCGCUGCUUUGUUGUUUCAAUGCUGAGAUCAGGAAGGGUUCCUUGGCUGUCAGUUGAGAGAGAGAGUGGUUCUUCAAGAGCAGAACUUUAUAAAAAACAUGCCUUGUUG